CUCGGCCGCUCUCAUUGUCUCCGCCAUGUUGUUGCAGGGGCCGGAGGGGGGCUGGGCCACGCAGUUCAGGUCACUUAAAAAGUACAGCGCUUCCUAUUGGCUGUAGAAGCGCUGGCGUCACACGAGGGUAAACACGAUCCUGGACUUUAGACGCUCCUGAGAGAGCUGCCUGGAGAUCUUCAGUGCCCUUCAUAUGAGGAAAGAGGGGGGCAGAGAUAUGACAGAAAAGCAGAAUGACUGCAUGUUAAUAGCGGCAACCCCAGCCUGCUGAUGUCCAGAGAAGGAGUGAAGGUAGUCCGUGUCUCUCUAUGGCCAGACUAUUAGGAGUCAAUAUAAGACACAUCUUCUGCCAGGUACACAAGCCUAUUAGGAGCAUGACAACUCUACAGGAUGAGGCCAAUCACAUAUUUUGGAGCGCUGUGUCGGCCGUCUUACCACCUUGCAUGUUACGGAGAGCUCUGACAGUCAGGGAUACUGCUGGCUUCUCUGUACUUGAGUGUGGUGGAAAGACGUUUUCCUUGGAAAAGAACCUUUAUCUGGUGGGGUUUGGAAAGGCCGUCCUUGGAAUGGCUGCUGCAGUGGAACAGAUUGUUGGCAAGCACUUGGUAGAAGGGGUGAUCAGCAUCCCCCAUGGCAUGGAGGAGAGCCUCAAGCAGGCUGAGAAGAGGGAUAUGCUGCUGAGUCCGGCGUCCAGGAUUCGUGUGAUGGAAGGAGCUACUAACAAUAUGCCAGACGAGGCGGCAAUGAAAGCGGCAGGGGAAAUACAGAGACUAGCAGAAAAGCUGGGGGAGAAGCAUUUACUGCUGGUACUGAUCUCAGGUGGUGGCUCAGCACUCCUGCCAGCACCCGUGCCUCCCCUUAGGCUGCAGGAUAAACAGGCAAUAACCAUGCAACUGGCUCUUAAAGGGGCAACUAUACAGGAAUUGAACACAAUUCGCAGAGCCCUUUCAAAACUGAAAGGUGGCGGCCUAGCCAGGGCAGCCUACCCAGCACAGGUGGUGAGUCUCAUCCUGUCUGACGUCAUUGGAGAUGAUCUAGAUGUUAUAGCCAGCGGCCCCACUGUCUGCAGCACCUACAAAGCAGAAGACUGUCUGCAGAUACUGAGUAAAUAUGGUCUAAGAUACUCAUUGCCAGCUGCUGUGGAGGAAGUCCUGCUCUUCAGACCAAGGGCAGAGCCAUUGCCUAAUCUUGGCAACAUACACAACAUUCUGAUCGGCACCAACCUCAUUGCCCUCCGUGAGGCAGAGCAGGAAUCUCAGAAGCUUGGGUACUUGACCAUGCUGCUCUCUACUGCAAUAAGUGGCAAUGUUAAACUGGUCUCACAUUUUUUGGCCCUCCUGGCUGAAGUUAUCUGCGCGUAUCUCAUGUCUAGCCCUCAGAUGCAGGAGUUAGAAGACAGUAUCCUGGCCCUGGCUUUAUCAAUGAAUAUUCCUGACCUCAACCUUGCUGAGCAUCUGCAGAAGCUGAAGGGUGCUAAGGCUUUAGAUGCUGUCUGUGUGCUCUGUGGAGGUGAAACCACAGUUCAAGUGCAGGGAAAAGGCAGAGGGGGAAGAAACCAGGAGCUGGCACUGCGGGUGGCUGCAGAGUGGCAUAAGUCUCUGGCUGCCAUGCAGGGCUGUGAAGUCUUGUUCCUGAGUGGAGGCACAGAUGGACAGGAUGGUCCCACACAGGCUGCUGGCGCUAUCUCCUACCCACAGCUGGUAGAUCAGGCACAGCAGAGCAGUCUGGAUAUAGAGACUUUCCUUAAAUCAAGUGAUUCAUAUGGUUUCUUCAGUCAGUUCCAAAAUGGCAAUUAUCUCCUGUUGACUGGAUUAACUGGGACCAAUGUGAUGGAUGUGCAGGUUCUGCUGGUACGAAGGCACAAGGACCAAUAAAGAUAUAAAGAGUUUUCUUUUAAUUUAACAGUCAACUUCACAAUUUUGCUGUCACAUCAGUUCUCAAGUUGCAUCUAGAGCUGUAUUCUCGGUCAGAAGGUAUCGUGUUUAUGUCAUCUACUGGAGAAGAGAAUUAAAGAAGAUAUCCCAUGCAGCAAAGAAAAAAAAAAUACCUAGCCAUUCCAUAGUAUAUUCACCUACCACCUCUCUGACAUGUUUGUGAUUUUUUUUCCGCCCCCCAUUCACCAGCUAUUCAGCUCAUAAAUUCCAGUUACUUCCUGGUUAUGGUGGCUAUGCCUGUGAUCUCAAAGACUACAUUUCCCUGCAUGCACUGCUCACAUUUCCUGCUCUCAGCUGCCUGAGCAGAGAGCUUGUUACCACCCCUAACUUAUGUUAACCACUCCCACAUAACACUGAGCUCCAAUCAUAGCCCUAUACAGCAGGGUGGCCACAUAACACUGAGCUCCAAUCAUAGCCCUAUACAGCAGGGUGACCACAUAACACUGAGCUCCAAUCAUAGCCCAGACAGCAGGGUGGCCACGAGGAAACAAAAUGUAAUCCCAGUGCUCAGAGAGAGGGACCCUGGAGUUGAAGCUGCAGUUUUACACUGUAAAAUCACUCCCUCCCCCUCCUCCUCUCAAUGAAACAGCUUUACAGUGCUACAAUCACCUCCCCCCUCCUCUGCCCUGCACUCCUCUCUCCCCAGUGCUCAGUGUGACAAAUCUACUCUCCCUCCCCUCCAUUCUCAGUGUGACAGCCCUACGCUGGCAGCUCCCUCCCCUCCCCCCUCUCCUCCGUUAUCAGUGUAAAAACAUUAGCAAGGAGAGGGGAGAGAACUAUGAUCUGAAUCAGCCGACAUAUAGGCAGUGCUGCUCAGCCAAUCACUGCAGAACAGAGGGAGGACAGUGUGAAUAUUCAUCAGAUGGGAGGGGCUAAGCCCGAGCUCAGUCAGCUCUCUGCAGCACAGGGGUUUUCUGGGUAAUUGUCACGUCACGGCCCCUGGAUGCUGCUGAUAACAGCCUGAAUAGGGGGUCGAAAGUCAUGAAAACCUGGAACAGCUGAAUUUCCUGUCAGACAGAAGAAUGCAGAUAAAGCUUGUUUCUAAGCAGCAUUGGUAAUGGAAGUGAUUUACAAACCUGUAUAACUUUACCUUCAGCACUAAAAGCUGAACAUUUGUUUACUGUGAGACUUGUCCUUUAAGAAAGCACUGAAUUAUGGAAGACAGGGCUGUAUGAUUCCAUAUAGCAGGCAGAAUAACUGUGAAUGAAAAGAUGCUUUACAGUAAAUGGGCCAUUGACAUCAGUAACUCUCGUCAGAUGCCUUCAGCCCUUGUUCUGUUGUAACUCAUAUUUAUGUAUUCCCCACAGUCCAAUAGACAUGUCAUCCUGCUAUUCUAGUGAGGUCUUGAUGUUUAGUUUCACUGUAAGGGCUCAUUCCCAUAUUCCUAAUGAUCUGGCUCUGUUUUCCUCUGGCACGGUAGAAAAAUGCUGGAGGGAAUCUUAGGCCAGUACUGAUCCCAUUGUCUUAAAUGGUGUAAUUCCUAGCAUCUAACUAAGUUAUCACACUGGACCCGCCUAGAAGCCGGAUAGGAGAACAUGGCUUGCAGCGGUUUCCUAACCAGCUUUCACAUUUUACUACAAAUGGUGUGAAAAGGCCAGAUGACGUGUGAGGCAUUUUGUUGUGAUAUAUAAAUUGGUACGUACAUAUGUGAAGCCUGCCUAAACUGUAAAAAUAGAGGAUUUUUCUCACUAAUUUGGAGUGUAGCUUCUUGUACUGACAUCUAAUGGCCCAUGUGAAAACUGCAAUGUUGCAUAAUUUGUUUUUACAGACAAAAUAAAAUACAUUAACAAAAUAAAAAUUUAAAUCUGCUUUUCUGAUCC